CCCCCGGGGCGGGCUCGGCACCGUCCCGCCCCCGCCCCUCGCCUUAUCAGCGGCCGGCGGGGGGCUCGCCCCACUCCCGCCCAGCGCAGCCGCCGCGGCGGGGCCGGCACCUCCCCGAGUGCCGCACCAUGGGCAGCCAGGGCUCCAAGGCGGCGGCCGGCGACGCCGACACCGCCAAGGCCAACGGGCAGGAGAACGGCCAUGUCAUCUCCAACGGGGACAUGACGCCCAAGGCGGGGGUCGAGGCGACCCCCCAGAACGGGACCGGCUCGGCGGAACCCCCCAAGGAGGAGAGCGAGGCCGAGGCGGGCGCUGCCGACAGCAUCGAGCCCGCCCCGGCCGCCGCCGAGCCCGCGGGGGACGGCGCCGCGACCCCCAAGGACGCCCCCAAGAAGAAGAAGAAAUUCUCCUUCAAGAAACCCUUCAAGCUGAGCGGGAUCUCCUUCCGCAAGGGCAAGAAGGAGGCCGGCGACUCCUCGGGCUCCUCGCCCACCGAGGAGCGGGGCGGCAGCUCGGAGAGCCCCCCGGGGGGGCUGCAGCCCUCGGCUCCCCCCGAGGAGCAGCCGGGAGAGCCCCAGGAGGGAGGAGAAGCCGCGGGCAGGCGGGAGGAAGAGGAGGAGGAGGAGGAGAAGAAGCAGCAGCAGGGAGGGGAGAGCCACGGAGACACCAAAAGCGAGGAGAGCUCGAAAAGCGCCGAGCCUACAGCGAGCCCGGAGCUGAAAGAAGAAUAAAAAUCACUCGGGGGGUCCCGAGAGCGACCCCCGAGCCCCCCCCGGUCCCCACGGACUCCGCAGCCCCGGACGGACACACGCCCCGCACGCCCCGCAGGUGUUUCUGCCUCCCCCGUUCUCCCCGGUCCCCGUAGAUCAAAGCUGGUUUGGAUUCCCACCGCCGCCACUCGGAGCAGUUUGAGCUGAAUUCCUUGGGAAAAAGAAAAAAAAAUAACAAAAAUAACAACUGGGGAGGAAGAUUUGGCCCGGACGCCUCUGGAGUUUACAGUUUGGGAGGAGCCGGAUCCCAAAUCCUGCUGGGGUCUCUCCAGGCUGUCCCCUCUCCUCCCGCUCACUGCUCAACGGAAUUUUUCAUUUUUUUUUUUUCUUUUUGUGUUUUUUCCCUUUAUUUCUCAGUUUACAUUCCUGGUUCUGACUCUUCAUUUCAAGUAUUUCGUGCUUUUUUCUAUAGAAAUCGAUGGUUUAAAAAGCUAAUCUGGUUAGUUUUUUUUAUAAUAUGUCCUCUGUUGGCUUAAAACCAUAAAGCUUGUAAGUGCGCUGUGUUUAAUUCUGCUUUUAAGGGAUAACUUUUGGGGUGUGGGGUGGAGAGAAGGGGGCCCUGCCAGCUGUAUAAUGUGAAGCCAACGUCGUUUUGUUUUAUUUUUUUCUUCUCUGUAAAUAAUUUUUUAAAUGGCCAAAAAAAAAAAGAAAAAAAAAAACCGCUCGAUUUGCAAUUUUCUAACUUGUAAAAAAAAAAAAAAAGACAAAAAACUAAAAAAAAAAAGCAAGAAACCCAACCAACCCACCAAACAAAAGCUGUAACGUUUGAAAGGAAUAAACGGUGAGCCCUG